AUGAAUUUUCACUUUCAGCUUCUGGCAUCAUUGCCUACUGCUAUUCCUCUACGUCUCCAAUAUGAACCAGAGGACCCGAACUCAUCAUUGGUAUGGCUUGACCGCUGGACCAGAUCAUGCUUUUGGGAACCUGUUUUACAAUUAAAGAAAAAACCUGAUUUGAAGACUCGUGGAAAAUACAAGAAGAUUCAGACAGUAGAAACUGAACCAGCUAAGCCAAAAAGAACUGUCCGGAGACUGUCCAAUGAAAAUGGCCCAACUCGUGUCACUUCAGAUUCUGAGAAGCCUAAACAAAAUAUGAGGAAAGUUUCAACCCAUCCAGUGAACUCAGUUCAGGGACAUCAACAGAAUGGAGUUGAGAAGGUCAAAAGUAAUGUUAGAAAAGUCUCUGGUCCCAAGGAGGUUUCUAAUUGCAAGGUCUCUGAUCCCAAAAAGGUAUCUAAUUCCAGGGAGGAGAUUUCUGGUCAGGCAGAGAAGGUUUGUGAUCCUGAGGAGGUUUCUGGUCACACAAAGAAGGUUUCUGAUUCCAAGGAGGAGGUUCCGUCAGAGGUUGUUAAAGAGAUACCAAAGCACGGUACAGAAACAAUUAUAGUUCCUGCUGCUCUUGAUGACUCAGAGCCAUGCACUAGUGAGAUUUCUCCAAAGAUGGAACAAGUCGAUGUUGCUGACCCCAAACAGUCUGAUCUAGAAAAAUGUAUGGAACUGACACCAACAAAUGAGACAUUGCAAAGUUUAGGCGACCAUUCUUCUGGUGACAUGCAAUCAAUGGAGAACAACGGAAAAGGUGAAGAAGUUCAAGCACUAAAUGAGGUUCUAACCUCAGACAACUUUAUUAGUAACGAGGACCAGAAAACCAGCCUGAGAAGGGCGUCUUUACCGGUGAUGUUUGAGCAUCAGGAGAAUGGGGUUCAGACCACACCAAGAGUUCCAAGUUACAUGGCACCAACUGAAUCUGCCAGAGCUAGGCUGAAAGGACAGGGCUCUCCCAGGUUUGCACGAGACAUGGUUGAGAAGAAUCUUUUGACCAGACGACAUUCUCUGUCGUCUUCAACCAACACCAAGUUAAGUUUACUUUCUCCACGAGCGCAAAAAUUGGUUCAAGGCAAAGGAGUAAUCAGAACUGACAGAUCAUUUUCAUCUUCAAGGGAUGGUUUUGGUAAGUUGUGA